UCGGAUUUGAUUUAUUUUACUCAUUUUCCACCUCCAAACUGAUGAGAAUGCAGAUAAACUAGUCAAAUCUAGGCCUAAGGUUGAAAAGGAAAGUUACAAUACUUCCUCUUCUUUCUUUUUGAAAAGGUGUUUCUUUAAACUUUGAUGCUCCUCAGCUGGGGAUGUAGCUCAGUGGUUCCGCCACCUGCCUCGCAAACACAAGGACCUGAGUUCGAUCCCCAGUACCAAAAAAACAAAAAACAAAACAAAAAAGCCUUUUUGAUGUUCCUCUAGUGGGAUAUCGUUUGCUCUGUGUCAAGUCCCUGAGUUUCCUGCUUAGUACAGCCCAAGUCCCAUGUCCCUCAGGUGGGUAGUUCCUGACAUGGCGCUCCAGCAUCUUGUCCUUCCUGCUGUGGCCCUGACCUCCAGGCCCUCUUUACCCAGCCAGUGGCAGGGAAAGGCCCACAUCUCACUGUCUUGGUAUAGGAGUGACUCAUAGUCCCCCUGGGCAGCUGCAUCCUGGGACAGCCCCACACGGUGACGCUUUAACAGGGGAGGUAUGCAGGGGUGGGCAGUGGUUGGGUGUCCUUCUCUUGGGUACCCAGGAAAAGUCAGGAAACAGGAAAAUCUAAUCAUCCUCACAGGACAGUUGAUAUAUUUACCUUAUAAACAGAUGAAUUGGUGUUAGGCAAUUUUUUAGUUAUAUUCUCAUUUCUCUUGCUAACUCACCCCAGCUCAGUCCUGUCUUCCAUUUAGCAGUCAAAAUGGAAAAGAAGCCAAGUCCCAUCUCAGUUCUCAAAACCCAUCGGCUGUGCAGAUGCAGUAAGAAAUCAUUAAGUGGGAAACUGGAAAUGUCCCUUACUAUUUUUUUCUUGAUCACUGGUCUGAUUCCCAAUGAAUAGUGUUCCUCAGUAGUAUAUUACCUGAAAUUAUUGAUAUCAGGGAAAAUGUAACUCCCAACCUGCCAGAUGUCAGAUACACUGUGUCCCCAGAAAUCAAAGAAUGAAUUUUAAGGAACAAUGAGGUUAAGACUAGGAAAGAUUUAUUGAGAGAUAGGUCCCGAGGGACCUAAAAGUGGGCUGCCACUGAGGUCACUUCUCUAGGAAUGUUUUAUAGAGCAAAAUUAUGAGGUAGGUACACAAUCACAAAGUGGGUACGACAUGGAUCAAACUAUAAUCAACCAUUAAGAUUAUAAGUAUAUCCACUUAGCUAAUAUUGAUCCAAUAGGGAAGUGGGUCACAUAGCAAGAGUACAUAGAAAGAACAAAGGCAUUUUGAGGAGGGGUGGGGCUGGAUGCUCUUGUCUCCCAUCUGGGUGACUGGUGUCUAUCCAGAUUUCCCAGACCAGGUUAUACCAGUUAUAGUAUAAUUCCAUGGUACUGCUUAGCCCUUAGGGAGGCUUGUAGGCCUGGCCAUCCUAUCUUUAUCUUGAGCCUGGCUUUCAACAGAUGCACCUCCAGCCAGAAUUCCUAUGUCUUUACUUUUCUGCUGACUUCCUUGAGAGCCCAGUCCCUCUCUGACUGUACAUUAAUUUAUGUCUAAGUUAGCUGCCUAUAAUAUAACUAAAUCUGCCUCCAUAAAAGGUAUUUUAAAAGCCUGAAUGUUCACAUUGAAUUUUCCUUAAAAGACCGUUGAUUUGAAACAAGCAGGUGACUGUGUCUUAGACUGGCUCCCUCCUGUGGUUGUAGGGGGGACACUUUGCUGGUGGCUGAACUUCUUCGUGUCUUCUCUGUGCCUUUCCUUCCAUCUCCUGUAUGGAUGCUUAUCAUUGGAUUAGGACCCACUCGGGUGAUCUUAACCAAAUUAUGAUAGCAAAGACCCUUUUUCCAAGUAGAUCACUCAGUCUUGUACUCACUGUACCAUCUCAGAGCAUACCUGUACACCCGAAGCAUUGGGCCUGAAAGGGUCUCACUUGCCCUGGGGCUCCACACAAGUAGAGCAUAGCCUCCACCUUGGAGAUGUGGAGCUGGACUGUGAGUUUCACCCUGCCUUUCACGUGCUCAUCCAAAAGAGGAUGGCAGAACCUAGAGACUCUACAUGGUCGUGGUCACAGCAUCUAGCAACCAUCAGACUGCACCAGAAAUGAGCAAAAACAGGAAAACAUACCCAUGACCAGAAAUGUGAGGCAAGACAGACCUGGAAUUGACGUCUCAGCCCUGGCUUCACCUUGUCUUGCCUACAGCUGCUGGACCUUCCUGGCUCUGCUGAUCUAUUUUCUUGUAUGUCGAAUGGCUCACCUUUCCCAACAUGCCACGGAGCCCAAGGCUGUGUGCAUGCUGUCAAGGAGGAGAACAGUCCUGUGAACAUGAAUAACCCUAUACCUUCGAAUCUGAAGUCAGAAGCAAAGAAGGCUGCUAAAAUAUUAAGAGAAUUCACAGAAAUAACCUCAAGAAAUGGACCUGACAAGAUCAUUCCUGCCCACGUUAUUGCAAAGGCUAAAGGCCUGGCCAUCUUGUCUGUGAUCAAGGCCGGCUUCCUGGUGACGGCCCGGGGAGGCAGUGGCAUUGUCCUGGCGCGCCUUCCAGACGGAAAGUGGUCUGCACCCUCAGCCAUCGGGAUAGCAGGGCUCGGCGGGGGAUUUGAGAUAGGAAUUGAGGUCUCAGAUCUGGUGAUCAUUCUGAACUAUGACAAAGCUGUGGAGGCCUUCGCCAAGGGCGGGAACCUGACGCUUGGGGGGAACUUCACUGUGGCGGUGGGGCCGAUGGGAAGGAACCUGGAAGGCAACGUUGCGCUCAGGAGCCCGGCAGCCGUCUUCACCUACUGCAGAUCUAGGGGCCUCUUCGCCGGCAUCUCGCUGGAAGGGAGCUGCCUGAUUGAAAGGAAGGAGACCAACCGGAAAUUUUACUGUCAGGACAUCCGCGCUUAUGACAUUUUGUUUGGAGAGGUGCCACGGCCGGCUCAGGCAGAAGAUCUCUACGAAAUUCUCGAUUCGUUCACUGAAAAGUAUGAGCAUGAGGGGCAGCGCAUCAACAUGAGGAGAGCAGUCCGGGAGCAGCAGAAGGCUAAAGAAUUACCUCCAAAGCCAGCGUCUCGACUCCAGCAACCACCGGCACCGCUCCAGCUGAACUCUGGCUCUCAAGGUGAUAGACGCGAACACAAGCUGUAUCCUGAGCUCUCCGGCUAUCACGAGAGAGUUGGUGACUCUGGCCGACUGGUAGAGGUGACAGCACUGUAUUCUUUUGAAGGGCAGCAGCCAGGCGACCUGACGUUUCAGGCUGGAGACAAAAUCACAGUUAUAUCAAAAACGGAUUCACACUUUGAUUGGUGGGAAGGAAAACUUGGUGGCCAAACUGGCAUUUUUCCAGCCAACUAUGUAACCAUGAAUUAAAGUUUAUUAUUUUCUUCUUGGAGAAUUAUAAAAAAAAAAUCAUUUCUUUUUAUCAAAGGAUAUGCCACCCAGUUAAGCACUGUUUAAUACAAAUGUAAAAAUACUUCUGCUGCAAAUCUGUAAUCCAGUAUGUAGAGUAUUUUUCUCUAUAUGUAAAUAAAUGAUUAACUUACCUAUCUGCAGAC